AUGGCCGAUAGAAAGAGUCAACAAGAAACAUCGCCAGUUUCGAAUAGCCCUGCUGUGGAAGUUGGGUUGAAGGCAGCGACAAAACGGACAUGGUAUCGGACUGUAUUUUUCCAGGCCACAGUUAUUGGUCUUUGUGCCUUUUUCGCACCUGGAUUAUACAAUGCCAUGCAGUCGACUGGCGCUGGAGGUCAACAGACUCCGUAUCUCGUAAUGUCUGCAAACGCGGUUCUCGGAGUGAUGAUGGUCGUUACAUGUUCCUUGGGCAGCGUCAUGGCCAAUAAGAUAGGUCUCAAAAAUGCCUUGAUAUUCGGAACGACAGGAUAUGCUAUAUACUCAGCGUCAUUGUACACUAACAACCGUUACGGUACCGAGUGGUUUGUCUAUGUUGGAUCUGCUGCUUGUGGCAUCACCGCCGGUAUCUUUUGGGCUGCAGAAGGUGCCAUCAUGAUUAGCUAUCCCGAAGAUCAAAAGCGUGGCAGAUACCUUGCAUAUUGGCUGGCUUACCGUAAUGGUGGUUCAAUUGUUGGGGGUGCUAUAAAUCUCGCCUUCAAUUCAACCGGGAAAACAACAGGAAAGCUAGACUGGAGGACAUAUGUCGUGUUUGUGGCUUUGCAGUGUCUGGGUCCCUUUGUUGCUAUGCUUCUAUCGCCUCCAGAGAAGGUCCAACGCCAGGACGGUAGACGAGUUGCCAAAGCCGAGAAAAUCCCGACUAUUGCUGAGCUCAAGGCUGUUUCCAAGAUUCUAAUCAGAAAAGACUUUCUCCUAGUCUUUCCUUUCUUCUUCUACGCGACCUUUUUGCUCUCAUAUGCAGGUUCUUACCUUUCACUUUACUUUUCUGUUCGCUCUCGCGCCCUCGCAUCUCUCGUCUCGGCCUUGGCGCAAAUUACAGCAAAUUUCUUCUUCGGCCACUUUCUUGACUGGACAAAGCUCACCAUUAGCCAACGCGCCAAGUUCGCUUACAUCGGAAUGAUGGCACUAUUUGGUGGCACUUGGAUAUGGGCAACAAUCAUCCAACGAGAGUACGGCCUCAACGCUCCGGCAUUGGAUUGGUCAGAUACAGGUUUCGGCCGAGGCUGGGCCCUUUACAUCAUCCUGCAAGUUAACUUUGCUCUUGCGUACAACUACGGCUACUGGCUUGCGGGCUAUAUGGCUCGAGAUCCUGCGGAGAUUAUUCGCUUUACGUCGACUGUUCGUGCCGUUGAGGCUGCCGGGGGAGCAGUGGCGUCUGGUAUCAGCUCUACCCAUGCGCCAUUGCUUGCGGCUGUGGGCGUCAAUUUUGGACUUUGGGCUCUGGCGCUUGUGCCAACGUACUUUGUGGUUCGGUCGCUUGACUUUGGCGUGAGUGAAACAAUCUUGGACGAAGAAUCUGACAAGAACGUCUCGCUUUCGGUCUGA